AUGCAACCCCCGGCCGGGCCUCAGCUGGAUGAACUCCAGAAGGCGACGCAUUUCGAUAAGAAGGAAUUGCAGCAGUGGUAUAAAGGCUUCCUCAAAGAUUGCCCCUCCGGCACCCUCACCAAGGAGGAGUUCCAAAAGAUCUACCGCCAGUUCUUCCCCUUCGGCGACCCCUCCUCGUUCGCCAACUACGUCUUCCGCGUGUUCGACUCGGACAACAGCGGCAUGAUCGACUUCAAGGAGUUCAUCUGCGCGCUCUCGGUGACCUCCCGCGGCAAGAUGGAGGAUAAGCUGGACUGGGCGUUCCAGCUGUACGAUAUCGAUGGAGAUGGCAAGAUCACGUACGAGGAGAUGCUGGCGAUUGUGGAGGCGAUCUAUAAGAUGGUCGGCUCAAUGGUCAAACUCCCCGAAGACGAAGACACCCCCGAAAAACGCGUCCGCAAGAUCUUCCGCAUGAUGGACAAAGACGAGAACGGCAGUCUGGAUAUGGAGGAGUUCAAGGAAGGCAGUAAACGGGAUGAGACGAUCGUGAGCGCUCUCUCGCUGUACGAUGGGCUGGUAUAG